GUGCGAGGCCAUGUCCACGCGUGUUUUGAAAGUUCGUGUCAGGUUUCUGUAAUGGCCACCAAACGACCACAGGACGAGUGCAGCAGCACAGACAAUAAGAAAAAGAAAAAGAAGAGCGAGAAAGAGAGCCGCGAGGAGCCGGUGGAGCUCUGCGCAGCCGUAGAAGACGACCAGGUGAAGAGAGCCGUCACGGAGGCAUGGAGCCGCAAGACUACCUACAGCCACGGCGAUCUGGAGUUGGACUGCCACCCGUUCCCUCACUGCAUCUUCAGAAACUUCAUCAGCAGCCAAGCCUUUGCAGAAAACCUCCAGAAUGAGCUGCUGGAGCUAAACUUCCAUGAAAAAUCAAACGACCUGUAUAAAUUUAAACAGUCAGAUGACCUGAAGAAAAGAACAGAGCCACAUAUCGCAGGGCUGAGGGCAGCACUGUUUGGGCGUUUCCGGUCCUGGCUCGGGGAGGUGCUGGGGGUUGAGCUGGAGCCCACUGUGGAUAUUUCUUGUGCCAAAUAUGAAUAUACAGAUGUUCUUUUGUGCCACGAUGAUGAGUUGGAGGGGAGGCGCGUUGCGUUCAUUUUGUAUCUUGUGCCCCCGUGGCAGAGCAGCGACGGGGGAACCCUCGAUCUUUAUACAACAGACAGUUAUUUGCAGCCACAGAGCAUAGUGAAGUCACUCGUACCCUCCUGGAACACACUCGUGCUCUUUGAAGUUUCUCCAGUUUCCUUUCACCAAGUGUCUGAAGUUUUGUCGCAGGACAAGUGUCGGCUGUCUCUGAGCGGCUGGUUUCACGGACCUUCUCUGGAACGUCCUCCUCGCCACACAGUGGCUCCCGUCCAGAGGAAUCCACACUUACCGAGAGAUGAAACGGUGCUGCUGGAGUGGAUCAAUCCCAUCUAUUUGGACAUUUCUUAUCAAGAGCAGAUUCAGGAGGAGUUUGAAGACAGCUCUGAAAUUCAGCUCAAAGGAUUUCUCAAGGACGAGAAGUUCAAAGAGGUGAGUGAAGCACUUCGGCUCUCUCAGAUUGAGUGGAAGAAGAGAGGUCCACCCAAUAAGAGGUGCUAUGAGGCAGCUGCUCUGGACUCGCUGCCUCAGUGUGUGAGUGCAUGCUGGGAGCUGCUUCAUUCAGAAGCGUUCUUCCUGCUCCUCUCCAACUUCACUGGCCUUCGAUUGCACUAUCUCUGCCCGGCUGAUGACGAAGAGAAUGGCGAUGAAGAGAAGGAUAAAAAGCAGCAAGAUGAUGGAGAAGCCACGGGGUCGUCAAAUGAACCAUCCUCAGCAGAUGCGAGCAGAGAGAAAGAGCCGAGCACCCCUUUGUGCUGUGGGGAAGUACGUCGAUGGUCUCAUGGCGGCUACACCCUGUUGCACGAUGGAGAGGCAGCGCGGGCAGAAUAUGCGCUGGACCUCGUUUUGCCUUUCGGCUGUGCCGGCUGGCAGUCAGAGUUUGGCGGCUUCACAUGUUAUGUCGCUAAUGAAGAGGAUGAGGAGCUUCUGACUGUCUACCCAGAGGACAAUUCCCUCGCACUCGUCUACAGAGACAAAGAGACCCUCAAGUUUGUCAAACACGUCAACCACAAAAGCACCUCCGAGCCUGAUGGCAGCUCCACCUGCAGAGAGUUUUAUGACUUUUCUUUUGUCUACUAUGAAUAAAUAUGUAUAUAAAUACAUAAGUGUGUGUGUGGGGGGGGGCAUUUACACUGGCAGAUGAACUCCACUCACUCCUCUCACUUGGAAAUAUAUAGGGAUGGAGUCUUGGUUGGAUCUAACCACCAAUGAUGGGCAACAUGCUGUGUAAUGCCAACCAAAGCUACUUUGACUUGUGUGAUGUUACUGACACUUCAGUUUUUGAGUUAUUCCAAGAAGGGGGGAAAAAAACAUUUUUUAAACGUGUAUUUUUAGGCUUUUUAGUCAUUAUUGCAAUAGGACAGUGGAGAGAGGACAGAAAAGCUGGGAAAAAGGCACGCACAAAACAACCUUGGUGUACAUUUUAACCCAGGCCUCUGUAAUAGUCUUAUGGUAUAGGGGUCACCUUAAAAAAGUUACUUAUAUUAUUUGUUAAAGUUGCAGAAAUCUGGAAAAGGAUGAAAAUGGCUCUCCUUGCUAUAUUCAGAGCCAGUCCCCAGCAUAGCGUAUGCACCUGGGCUGCAUUCAGGCCUAACAAAACUUGACAAAAACUUUUUUUUAAAGUAGAAAAGCCGUAGUUAUGAUGGCGCUACUGCGUCUGAAAAGUAAUGCCAACUUGUGUCUUAAACCUGAAUUCUUUCUAAUGGUCAGCAGGGGGCGACUCCUCUGCUUCCAAAAAGACUUGUAUGCACAUUUAUGAGAAAAAGGCCCUCGCCCCCCCCUCACUCUGUGACCUCAGUAAACGCUUUUAUGGGCUCAUUUGCUAUUUUCAGGUCAUAUAGAAUGAAACAUGAAGUUCCUCUUGUGAAUUAUGGUCAUUAUUAUAGUUAUAAAGGAGCAUAAUCCAGGCUAUGCUUGCCAGCUAGCAACCUACUUAAUCACAAGUUGUUUGUGAUUGUGCAGUAACCCUCAUUCUGACAGUUAAAUUCACCAUUUGCUCGAAUUCACAAAACCAACAGAUGACAUCAGAGUGCCUUUAUCAAUCUUUUAUACUGUUUAUGUAUCCAUGCUGCUAUAUUUGUCAAGCAUGCGGGAGCUGAUUCAUCUUAUUCUUCCUUUUAAGUAGUGGACAUCCAACGUUUAGGCGUGUUACCUUCACCUGACUGGCUAGAGUAAAUGUACAAGAAUCCAAAUUGUAAAUUUCCUGACAGUGGAGCUGUGGGGGCUGUUCACUUUUGUGUGUUACCUUUUUAAUAUGGUAGGGUUUAAAUAGACUUCUGACACACGCAAAAAAAAUGAGAUAAAACAUUUAUGAAAGCUCGUUGCCCAGCGUUGUACAUUGCUUGAGUCAAACAUUUUAAAAACAUUACUAAAAAUAAACUUUUCACAACGUUUUUAGAUUAACUGUGUCGAUUAUCUGAUCUUAUUAUCUGUGGCCUGCCUGUGCCUGGAAGAGGAGUACCACUCUGGUUCCUUAGAACCUGCUAAAAGGGUUAUUUUAGAUUUUUGUUUUUACCCUAAUGAUGCCAAAAAGAAGAACAAGUUGCAGUUCUGUGUAAAAGCCACCAUUUAUUUACAACACAGGAAAUCAUUCCUGUACAACUCCUCCAUCUAAUACACAGUACACACUGCAAUAGUUACACCCUUUUGCACAUGCUCUACAGUAAAAUAACAAAUGACAAAAUUUCACAGGUUAGAGCUUAAUGUCAAUCAUAUAUAUUUCACCUCUGUAAUAUUCUUGAUAUUUAUAAUUGAGCAAUUUGUAUAUACUCGUGCUUUUUCUGAAAUUUGUAAACUUUGUAAUAUAUUGUAUUAUUUAAUUAGUUUAGUCUGUUACUGUUAUUGUCUCGGAGCAAC